AUGCUGCUCAGAGCUGCAGAGUGUGCCACAGUGGUCCCUGGUAGCACGUGCAGCUCCCAGCACACCCACCUGCCCCUCCAGCACUCCCACGACCUUGCCUCGGCCUCGGCGCCUUGCCAUUCUUCCGCCUGCUGCGUCUCAUCUGUGCCUCGCCCCCUCGUCGCCUCAUCCCAUCCGCGCCUCACUCCGUCCAUGCCUCACCCCUUCCGUGCCCCACCCCAUCUUUGGUCCUCCCAGCCACGAGUCUGUCAUUGCUGGCCAGCGAGUGGAACGAGUUCAACGGCAGCGACACGUGGGGAUGGCGCCAUGCGGACUGCAUGGCCAUGGAGAAUCCGCUGCGACCAUGAUGGGUACAUUGUUUCCAUAAUGCUUCGGCUGAAGAUCUUUGGAGCCCCGAUACCCAACAUGAUCAGUCAAUUCGAGAGCCUUGAAGCCCUAGUGCUGAACUAUUGCGAAGUCACAGGCAGCAUUCCGGAUGCCCUCUUUAGCCUGCAGCAAUUGAAAGCGCUUGAUCUUUCGGGCAAUUCAAUCACGGGGACGCUGCCAGGUGGCUUCAGCCGCAUGACCAACUUAGUAUACCUAGACCUUACUGGCAACCUGCUAUCCGGGCCCAUCACCCCGCUGUCCAACUUACUGCAACUCAAAGCAAUGUUUAUCUCUGACAAUUCCUUCAGCAGUUCGCUACCCAACGAGCUCGGAACUCUCACCAGCCUCGAAAUUCUGUACUUUCCCUACAACCUCUUCUCUGGAAGCCUCCCUUGUUCACUGGGCAACCUGACCUUGCUACAUGAUCUUAGCGUGCACCACAAUCAACUCACUGGUACCAUACCCGACUCUUUCAGUGGCCUUCACAACCUCCGUAUUCUCCGUUUGGGAAGCAAUCAGCUGACAGGGUCCAUUCCUGAGUCACUUGCGUUCCUCUCUGCCCUCAUCUUCCUCGGCCUCGAGUACAACCAUUUGGACGGCUCAAUUCCCAAUUCACUCUCGUCCCUGCAGCAGCUGUUGCGCCUAUCGCUCUCAAUGAACCGGCUGUCGGGAGGGAUACCUGUUGUGCUGGGGGAUAUGACUUGUCUGCAGUACCUGGUCCUAACAGGCAACCCAUUGAACGGAACAAUCCCUACUUCCAUUGGGAAACUCACCAACCUGAUCAGCUUGAUCCUCACAGGCAAUCAGCUGUCUGGAACCAUCCCCAGCACCUUCACCAGUCUCUCCAAGCUUCAGGAUUUCUUAGUGGCAUUCAACGAUCUUGAUGGCCCCAUUGACCACAUCGUACGACCCAUGACGGACCUCAGUUACCUUUUCCUCACAGGCAAUCGGUUCUCUGGUCGUAUUCCCAGCAUCUCCAGUCGAAGCUUGGAGAUUUACCGCGUGGGGCACAACUUCUUCACACACGGCCACCUCAAGCUGAGCAACUGCUCUGCAGUCCAGUGGGACGUGUCUGAAAACUGCCUUGCUGUUUCGCCAAGCGUCUGCGGCCCUGCUUCCACCCAACGGCCUGCUUCUGCAUGUGCUGCAUUUUGUGGGCUGGAGGCUGGUUCCACUGGUCCUGUGUGUGGGGGCCAUGGCUACUGCUCUCUGAAUCAUUUUACUGGAGAAGGGGAGUGUGUGUGUGACCCCAACUACAUGCUCAACAGCAGCAACACCAACGCCUGUCUGCCUGGAGCUGCUGGUGCUUCUCUGGCAUCAAGCUCAGCCUAUGUGUCUCUCCGGGGCUCUGCAGCUGUGCUCUCCAACGGCUCCAUUCUGCUCACCAGCGGCGCGGCCAGCCAGCAAGGCUCUGCCUUUGCCUCGCCCGCGCUGCGCCUCUUCUACAUUCCUGACAAGCGCUCUCCCUGCGGAACUGAGCUGGGCUUCCGAGUUGCCUUCAGCUUCGCAAUGAUCCCCGGGGAUCAGGGGGCGGGUGGGGAAGGGCUUGCGUUUGUGGUGACAGCAGCUGCUGCUGGCAAGGGGGCGAGUGUGGGGCUGGGAGGGGUGGGGAAGCGGAGUGUGGCGGUGGAGUUUGACUCGGUGCUGAGUGUGAAGCACAGCGACCCCAACGACAACCACGUGGGCGUCAAUGUGGGCGGCUCACCUGUGUCCCUCACCUCUGCCACGGCCCCUCUCAUCCUCAACGACGCCCACACCAAGCACGCCUGGAUCCACUACGACCCCACCAGCGGCGGCACCCUCCGAGUCUUCCUCUCCUCCGACCCCCAGCAGCCCCUCACCCCCACCCUCACAGCAAGCGUGUCUCUCUGCUCCGUGCUCAAGCCCACUGCAUCCGACUCUCUCUUCCUCUUCGGCUUCGUCGCCCUCUCAACCAGCCAGCCCCAAAGACAUGCCAUAUUGUCCUGGAGCUUCGUCACAGAUAUUCCCUCUUCUCUGUAA